CACUGAAAUUAAAAAUGAAAUGUAAUUUCGCUUGAGUUGUGUGUUGUGUAUAUUUUGUGUUUUGGUUGGAAUUUUCUGGCAAAUCCUCAUCAAGCUGGACUGUGCUAUGAUUGUUAAUGAUCUGAACCAAUUGAUAUAUCAACACCUGAGAUCUAGUUGCAAAAAUGACCAAGGAAGAGAAUUUGUUGCCCGUUGAAAUGGGGAAGCUCGAGAUAGAGCCCGUCAAAGUGAACAUAUCAAAGAGUGUUGAAAACCCAUUUAUCAUAUCUCAAGAGAAAAGGAAGGUUUUCACACAGAAAAUGUUGCGCUAUUCAAAAUGCACAUGUGUCACACAGAAAAGGGAUAUAACAAUACCAAUUUAUAAGAGGAAAAAUAACAGGCUUCUGAAAGAGCCCACACUGAAACUGCUGCAGGUUUGCAAUGACAACAUGUCUGUAGCCAACUUAACUACAGUGAGAAACAGAUGUAUUCAGUCAGCAAAUAGAGGUUUAUUGGAAUGUGUGAAUCUCCAGAGAGUGGAUAAUCAAAACUUAAGUUUGCAUUCUCUCGUUGAUAAUUGCAAUCAGUUGAGGAUAUCUCCUGAAAGCAGUAUGCAGAACAUUGUGCCAACAGAAGUGAUGAGUGAGACACGAUGGUGGAAGGCAGCACCACAAGUUCAAAACAAAGAGGCUGGCACGGACAAGCGGCCGGGCCCUUCCUGCUCUCAAGAAGCUCUCAACCCGCCCUGUGAUGUUACAAUUGAUGAAUUAGCAAGUUACUUUGAAACUUUGGUACACAUACCCAAGAAAAUGUCUUCUAUGGCAGAAAUGAUGUACAUAUAAAUUAAUUAUAAAUCAAAUUUUAAAUGUGUAGUUGUAAGUAAAUAAUUGAUUGAUGUCUAAAAUUCAAUAAAUAAAAUGGUAAUUAUA